GUGUGUGUGUGUGUGUGUGUGUGUGUGUGUGUGUGUGUGUGUGUAUGUGUGUGUGUGUGUUUGAUGGUUACAGAUUGAACACAGUAGAAGAGCUCUGGGGAGAAACCGUGUCAAGUCCUCCAUCUGUCUGGAGACCUUCAUGAAGUACAGUGAGCAGUACCUCCACCAUGACCCCAUCAUGUCAGGCUGUCUCCCUAGCAACCCCUGGAUCUCUGACGACACCUCACUCUGGACCAUCAACACUGACAUGGUGGACACUCCAACCAGGUUGAGAGUGGAGCGCUGGAGUUUCAGCUUCAUGGAACUUCUGAACGACUCGAUGGGAAGACGAGAGUUUAUGAUCUACCUGGAGAAAGAAUUCAGUGCGGAGAACCUGUGUUUUUGGGUGGCCUGUGAGGACCUGAGGCAUGGAGAGAGCUCCAAGAUCAUCCUGAAAGUAGAGGAGGUUAACAAGAACUUUCUGGCCCCUGGGGCAGCUCGCUGGGUGAACAUCGAUAGUAAGACCAUGGAGAGAACACUGGAGGGAAUCAAACGACCUCAUCGCUUCAUUAUGGACGACGCCCAGAUGCACAUCUACUUCCUCAUGAAGAAGGACUCCUACCCCAGGUAUCUGAAGUCUGAGCUGUAUAAGAACAUGCUGGCCAAAGCCAUCGUUCCCCAGGAGACCAAGAAGAGUGUAUUUCCCUUCAUGAGGCGACAGCGUCACUCUAGCCCCUCUCCUGCCAUGGUUACCCAAGCGACAGAAGAUGAUGGAAAGGCUAAAGGGGCAGGACCAACAGGAACAAGCUCCACAACCAACUCUCAGAUCUGAUCGCCAUGGGAAUACCACAACCACCAUGUUCAUGACACCCAGAUCUGGUCACCAUUGUAUCACUAUAGCAACCAUUCAAGACCCUGCAUCUACUUCUAGAAGUUAUAAUACUGUCUAGUAGUUAUAUUUAUUAAUAUAGAACUAUAGGUAUAGUUUCCAGAGACAAUCUGAAAGAUUUCCACUGUUCAAUUAAUGUAGAUUUAAGGCCAGUUUAUACUUGGUCUAAUAACAUGUCUAUGGACAAUAAUAAUGUGACAAGUGUCGCUGGUCAAAACAACUUUUAAUUUAUACUCCUGUGGAAUGUCUGUAGACUGUCGUUGCGACUGUUAGUUUCCUUGUUGCAGAGACAUGAAAAAAGUUCCCGUCUCUGCGACUGUCGCAACGUCCGUUGUCGUGGUUACCGGACUGUGACACGAUGAUGCUGUAGUUCUAUAAUUCUCAAAUAGAAUGACCUAGUUUUAUUCCGUCACUCUGUGGCAGUCAGCUAUUUUCUGUCGGCUCACAAUUAUCUUUUAAAUAACGAUGUUGUGGGUUUGUGUUUCUGUAAUAAUGAAUAAAAAGUAGUAAGACGUU